AACACAGCAUAAAAGACCAACCGACUGGCCGAAUAGUGACCAGUGAAUCCUCCUCCUGCUUUUGGCGGGAAUAACUUCGGCACCUUCUCUGCAAUCCCCCAAUUCAUACUUUCUCAACCGUAUCCCAAAAAACCCUAGUCUGCAUCCUUCAGAGAGAGAAUUGAAGCGCAUAAUCGAAUUAAAUCCGAUCGAAACGUAGAGAAUCUAGGAAGAACAAUGGGGAAAGACGAAGAGGAAAUGAGGGGGGAGAUAGAGGAGAGGCUCAUAAACGAAGAAUACAAAAUAUGGAAAAAGAACACUCCUUUUCUUUACGAUCUGGUUAUCACCCAUGCCCUCGAAUGGCCUUCCCUUACAGUCGAGUGGUUACCGGACCGCGAGGAGCCUCCGGGCAAGGACUACUCCAACCAGAAGAUGAUUCUCGGUACUCACACCUCCGAGAAUGAGCCCAACUAUCUCAUGCUCGCCCAGGUCCAGCUUCCCCUCGGUGAUGCUGAGAACGAUGCCCGCCACUACGACGAUGAUCGCUCUGAUUUCGGUGGCUUUGGAGCUGCCAACGGCAAGGUCCAAAUAAUUCAGCAGAUUAAUCACGAUGGAGAAGUUAACCGGGCUCGUUAUAUGCCUCAAAACCCUUUUAUAAUUGCCACCAAGACUGUGAGUGCUGAAGUUUAUGUCUUUGACUACAGCAAGCACCCAUCUAAGCCGCCUCUCGACGGUACCUGUAAUCCCGAUUUGAGGCUGAGGGGUCACAGCACUGAAGGUUAUGGAUUGUCUUGGAGUAAGUUCAAACAAGGCCACUUGCUUAGCGGUUCUGAUGAUGCUCAAAUUUGCUUGUGGGACAUCGAUUCCACUCCCAAGAACAGGACCCUAGAUGCUAUGCAAACCUUUAAAGUUCAUGAAGGCGUUGUAGAAGAUGUAGCAUGGCAUCUUAGACAUGAAUACUUAUUUGGCUCUGUUGGGGAUGAUCAAUACCUACUCAUAUGGGAUCUCAGAACUCCAGCAGUCACCAAGCCUGUCCAAUCAGUAGUCGCUCACCAGAGUGAGGUUAACUGCUUGGCUUUUAAUCCUUUCAAUGAAUGGGUUGUUGCAACGGGAUCCACUGAUAAAACUGUUAAGUUAUUUGAUAUACGUAAGAUCAACCGAGCGCUUCACACAUUUGACUGUCACAAGGAGGAGGUUUUCCAAGUUGGGUGGAAUCCCAAGAAUGAAACUAUCUUAGCUUCUUGCUGCCUUGGUAGAAGGCUUAUGGUGUGGGAUCUUAGCAGGAUUGAUGAAGAACAGACACCAGAAGAUGCUGAAGAUGGUCCUCCAGAACUGCUUUUUAUUCAUGGUGGCCACACAAGUAAAAUAUCAGAUUUUUCAUGGAAUCCCUGUGAAGACUGGGUUAUUGCAAGUGUGGCCGAAGAUAAUAUCCUUCAGAUAUGGCAAAUGGAAGAGAAUAUCUACCAUGAUGAAGAUGACAUGCCUGGGGAUGAAUCCACAAAAGGUUCCUAAUGUAUUUUCCAACGCAACGGAUUGAUCUAAAUGUCAGCUAAAAUGGGGGCUUGGGGGAAUAUUAUUUAUUUUCCUUUUGUUUUUCUUUUUUUUCUAAUUUUGUCCUCGUGAUUUUUUGUUUAUGAGUCACCAAUGCACAGUAUUUACAUUCGAACUUGGUUUAUUUACAUUGUUUGGCAUCAUGGAAGGGCUUGGCGUUAAAUGUAACGAUGCAUUGAUGCUUAAGUUAAAAGAAGAGCAGAGAACAUGUUUGUAAUUAUUAA